AUAUGGCUUAAGCGCUCGUUGUCGAUCGGACGCGAUGGACUCAUUGGAAAUUUUGGGUUUUUGAUGAAUUUUAUUACAAAUACAUACACAUACCUUCGCAUGAGCACACGAAAGAAACAUACAUGCGUAUAUAAAAUUGAAGAAAUGCGAGACAACAACAAAAGUAACGUGGAGGUCAAACGCGAAGUCAAAAUGCGUUCAUAACUACCGUUUUGCCGACGCAUUGGUUACAAGUAAUGAAACACAACCGAAGCGUAGACUUCGACAAAUCGUAUUUAAUAGACACAGUGACCCCUCAACAAUAUCAGUUUACUUCUAACGGUCUUGGACAACACGAUUGUUUACGUAAAGUCGCGGGCUUGCAUAAAGGAAUUAAAGAACAACAAUGUCGAAAAUAUUUUACACACUGGCCGCCGUUGGCUUAUUGGCCACACUUAGUUGCGCUGAACCGCCACGUUCUCGUUUGCGUUUUCCCGGACCAGUUAAUAAUCGGCCACUGCCAUUUUUAGCACGACAAGAAGCAGUACUAUCAGUGCCAGUAGACGCAGCUCCUUAUCCACCAGCAGGUUUGAAACCAGAACCCGCCUUUGAAUUACCAGAGCCAACUUAUGGUCCUCCAGAACUAACAUAUGGGCCACCUGAGGAAACACCAGACCAAAUAUACGGACCACCAGACCAAACAUACGGACCACCCGACCAAACAUAUGGACCACCCGACCAAACAUACGGACCACCUGACGAAACCUAUGGACCACCUGCUGAAGAGCCUCUAGCUGAGCCUGCACCAUCUUAUGGACCCCCACCAGCUAUCCCCGCACCAACGUACGGUCCACCCGGUACACCAGCUGAUGAGUAUGGACCCCCACCACCAGCCGUAGCUGAUGUACCACAAACUGCCUCGAUCAUUGAUCCUCGUGCUGUCUUCCCACAAACUGUCUUCACGCUGCCACGUGUUGAACGUUUAGUGGCUUUCCGUCCAAGAGGUCGUCCAGCCCCAGCUAAGCUACGCCGUCCGGCACUACGUCCAAAGCCGGCAAAAUUAACUCGUCCUCGACCACAACAUCUAACACAAGCCCAAAUACAGCCAGCUAAAUUAAUUUUACACAUUCGUCACUAAAUAAUGCAAAAUCCCGGUUCUGAUUUCCAAAGCAGAGUUGGUGUAUUUUUGUUAUUGUUGAUAUAUGUAUGUAUAUGUUAGUUCA